CGUUUUAAGUGAGAUAUACCACGUCAAAUAUUGAAAGACACACAACCGAGUACUGUGGAUUAUAAAGAAGAUUUAGCACCUGAUGUGAUUUAUUACAAAUCCAGUAAUACAACAUCCACAUGCAAAAAAGCAAACGUAAGCACUUUGAUCUGCAGCACUGAUCUACAGUUUUAGAACUGGGUUUGAGAAGCUCAAUAUACCCUGGAAAACAGAAGAACAAAAAAAAAACAAAUUCAUUGUUAUAUAAUAGUUUAUUGCACGUUUGGGUAAUUUGUCGCGACGUAUUCUGGGAUGGUUUUACCGGAAGUCGGCUGUUGCAAAGUGGUUACAGUAUGGCGGAGUGUUGCUCAAAAAGCAGUGAAUGCGGAACAGGAUGUGGAUCCCAAGGCAUAGGUGUUUAUGCUGAUGUGAAGGAUUACUAUGGGAAGCAGCUGAAGAAAACCUCUGAUCUCAAGAGCAAUGCCUGUGUUUCCCCAGCCAAACCUACACCAGCAUUUAUCCGCAAGGCCCUGAAGGAAGUGCACUCAGAAGUCACCAGCAGGUAUUAUGGGUGUGGUCUGGUGGUGCCAGAGUGCCUGGAGGGCUGUAGAGUGCUGGACCUGGGCAGUGGCAGCGGGCAGGACUGCUAUGUGUUGAGCCAGCUGGUGGGAGAGGAGGGGCACAUCACUGGCCUUGACAUGACUGAGGAGCAGUUGGAAGUGGCUGAAAAGUACAUCGACUACCACAUGAAGAAGUUUGGCUACAUGCAUCCGAAUGUGGAUUUUGUUAAGGGAUACAUUGAGGCUCUGCAGGAUGCAGGAUUAAAAGAGAACAUGUACGAUGUCAUCAUAUCGAACUGUGUGAUCAACCUGUCUCCCAAUAAGUCUGCAGUGCUGAGGGAAGCUUACAGAGUGUUAAAGGAUGGUGGGGAACUGUAUUUUAGUGAUGUCUACAGCAACAAAAGGCUACCAGAGGAAGUCAGAACACACAAAGUGUUAUGGGGUGAAUGUCUGGGUGGAGCCCUGUGGUGGAAAGACCUCCUGCUGUUAGCUGAAGAAGUGGGAUUUGGCACACCACGACUGGUCACUGCCCAUUAUAUUACCAUUGGGAACAAGGAACUGGAGAGCCUGAUUGGUGACUGCAAGUUUGUUUCUGCAACCUAUCGCCUGUUCAAGAUACCUAAGAGCUGCCCGAGGGAAAGGCGUCAGGUCAUAUAUAAUGGGGCCAUUACUGGCUUUGAGAAGAUGCUGGAAUUUGAUGUGAACUGCACAUUUCAGGAAGGUCAGGUGGCAGAGGUGGAUGGAGAGAUUGCGGCCAUUUUGAAGGGUUCCAGGUUUGCGGAAGAAUUUUCUUUCCAGCCAGUGGUGAAGACCCAGCCUGCCUCUACUGGAUGUUGUCCUGCAGUAUCGCAGGUCCUUCUCUGUCCUGCAGUGGGGAUGUGGAGCAAGCCAGCUGCAAUCAGCCACUCCCACUCUUCCUCCACAGAGCUGGGGUAAUACGGGCUGAAUCUCCUGCCUUCCUGGGCUCUUCACCCCCACACAGCAGCGGCAGGACCCAGCUCGUCUCAUUACUCCCACAGUAAUGGGACCACGCUGAUAAGACCACACAGCAGAUGUGAACUAGAUAAAUAUAACCGACAAAGCAAAGAAAUAGGGUUUUAGCACAUUUGUGCUCUGUAUUCACUGUAUCGCAAGGAGAUUCAUAUUAAAGGCACAGUAAGGAGAGCCUAAAAAAUUGUUUUGGAAGAGCAUGAAAUAUCCUUACAACUUCUGUAUAAAUAACAAAAAAAUUUAUAUGAACCAACACUUAAGAUGGUAGUAUGUACAUAUCUUAGCUGCAAUUAAUAAUUUUACACCUAAUUUAUUUUGAAUUGCUUACU